UGGAAACUUAUUUAUAAAUAUAAAAAGCCCCCCAUAUCGAGGACACAGGGACGGUUGAGUUGAAUGUGAAAAUGGCGGGAUCUCUGGUCGUAGCGUCGACGUCGAGCGCCAUUGGAGUGGAGUGGGAGGUGGAGUACUCUCGCUUCUUCAACUAUCCUUCUCUCACUUCCUCCUGUCCUUCUUCUCUCGAUCCUCUCACAGACCAAUGGCGACACCGAUUCCGCGGCACCUGGAUCUCCUCCUCCUCUUCCAUCGCCUCUCUCAAACUCACCCCCGAUCCCUCCAUCUCCGAUUACGUCCUCACCGUCACUUUCCUCCAAAAAAUCCACGAGGAGCACUAUAUUUCCAAGCUGAAUUUCACCUGGCCUCAUGUGGCAUGUGUAUCUGGAUUUCCUACCAGGGGCAGCAGAGUUGUUUUUGUGGGCUACAGAGAUUGCACAGGCCAGAUCCAGAAGUUUGCAUUACGGUUUUCAACAAUCCAUGAAAUAGAAACAUUCAUGAAUCCUCUGAAGGAGAUCAUGGGUAUGGCUAGUGGCACAGGGCUUCUUUCUGACAACUAUGUAUCUGAAAUUUCGUCUCAAUCUGAGUAUGUUCCAUCUGAUGAACCCCAACACAGAGCUACAGAAGACUGGAAUCGUGUGGCUACCAUAGACACAUCAGCCUACAAGGUCCAAUCAGAUUUGAAUUAUGAAGUUGCUCAAAACUCAAAUUCCCAGGAGAUUCUACUGAAUUGUGACCCUGAAAGCAUUUUUACGGCAUUGCCACCCAGUUUCACAUCAUUGUUGAUGAGCUGUCACCCUGAGAAAGCAGCACAGCCAAUUGUAUCUAGGGAAGCCGAUCAGCCUGAUCUUAAAUCCCAAAUCAUGAGGUAUUUGGGAGAUCCUUCCUUCCAAGAUAUAUUGGGCAAAGUAGAGAAAGUUCUCAGUGAAAUGGACGAAGAUACGAGGCUGUAACCCUUCUCUUGCUUUUCCUCGUAAACUUGCUGGAUGCCAAAUCAUUAUAAUAAGUAUUGCUGGACAGAGAGUCCCAAGGCAAACUUCAAGUAUUUGCUAUAAUUUGACCUGGAAAACCAAGUUGUGACUGAACUUGAAGUAACUUUUGCCUGCACCCCUUGUUUUGCUUGAAUCUGAAGAAAUGCUGCCUGAGUCAACAGAGAAAUAAUUUUGUGGAUCCCUGGCACACGUCAACGACAAGUUAUGAUGUCCCAAAUCAGUUACUCUCACCUAAUCAUAUUAAUAAUUAUAAGGCAAGUUGACCAAAAAACAAUAACACAAAUGCAUUUACAAAUUUAACUUUACCAUUA